UACAAACAUCAGCAUCUGGAGGAAGGAAUUGGAGUAAAAAAACGCAACAUUAUUUUUCUUUUUUAUUGUGAAACAUGUAAACGGUGCGAGUAUGUAAAAAAAAAAAACCACCGUGAUUUCCAUAAAAUGCGUGCAUACUUUCUAUGUAUGUCGGUGACAGAUAAAAUAUAGGCGUACGCGGGCAUGCAUAGUGUGUUUUGGUAAUUUGUCGAGCAAGUGGAUGGUGAUUGUUGUCUGAGCAAUUGCAUUUGUCGGAAAACUCUGACAAUUCAUCUACUGACAAGAUAUGUGGAAGGAUGAGUUGGUUCGAUACAUCGGGGUUCGCCAGUUUGGCCAAAACAGCGCUGAAGGAGGCGCAAAAGACCAUAGACAAGGCCCUGGACAUCAAAGAUGAGGAACAGAAACAACAACAGCAGCAGCAGCAUCAGUCAGCUGGCAUGUCAUCGGACUUUUUUGACUCCUGGGGUGUCAAAAGCGAAGAGAACAGCAAAGAAACCGGUACUAGUCAAAAGCAACAGGCCACCAGCAUCUGGGGUAGCUUUACAGGGUCGUUUUUUGAGAAUCCAAAGGACGCUCCGAUAGCCAUGACGGGCAAGGCGGCUGGUACGUUUAGAAUUGACAAUCUGCAGUCGUCGCUUCCUGAAAGUCUGUCGGAUAAAACGGCCGGUGAAAGCUUAUCAGCCGUUCAGUCGACUAGUGAGCCAAAUAAUACUUGCGUAGCAUCAAAGUAUGAAAGUUUUGAGGAAUGCACCGGUGAAGCGUUUGCAAGCGAAAAUGUGUCGUCGGAUAAGCAGAUUAGCCAAUCAAACACCGAUGAGACCUGUACAAGUGCCAAAUGGUUGGAAGAGAGUAGACCGAGUCCAGUGGAGACUAGCGACACGAGCAAAAAAAACAAUAGUGUCGUUUCGAGAAAGAAAGAACAGCCAGGCGCGAGUCACUCGCUCAAUAGGUUGUCGAUUUUAUCAGCCGAAAGCGAUAAAAAGAGCUCGGAAAGCUGUGAGAUUUUGAGUCCGAGUACCGAUGGCACCAACAGUCCAGACUCGGAUGUGAACUCUCUGAGCGCGGCGAUGGGCCAAAAAGCCGAUUCGGAGUCCGUGGAAGUGUUGCCGGACAGUUUGGUCACGUCCCCGAGCUCGGUCGAGGUGUUGAGCGACUGGAAGAGCGACGAGGAUUCGUACAUGUCUCCCAUGGAUGACAAGAUGUUGGAGACCUCCAUCACACCGACGCCUGAUGAUACUCCAGAUACUUCUACGGAUGGAGACAUCAAAAGUUCAACAAGUACGCUGGAGGGUUCACAACAGGCGAUGUCGCUUACAUCCCGGAGUCUACGCUCGCGCGACUUGUAUGAAUCAACGACGAGCCUGACGUCCCCGGAGAUCGAGAUACUCGCUAGUACCGCAGACCCAGAGGAUGGAGACGAGGUCAGUCUCGCCGACGACUCUUACACUUCCGCGUCGGAGAGCACAAUGAUGACGAUCGUCGAAACGGCUCAGCUGCAUCACUUGGAGUCGAGACAGAUGCACGAGUCCUACCCGGAUCCUCGCCAAGUCGCUUGUGUCAGUCCAGGUUCUGAUUACUCGAUGAACCUGAGUCUGGAGUCGCUCAAAGACAUCAAACCUGGACUGCCAACGCUGCAUCUUCCCAUCGAGGCGAUAACGAAGCAGCCGAUUCGCAAGCCCGACUUCCCGGAUCCCACGAAAAAGCUCGCCGAGCUCGAGCCACCGUUCGACCACCUAAAGUCGUCCACCAUCGAGCCACCCGAGCCCAAAACGACCGACACCUUAGAACGCAGCAGCGGAAGCGAGCAACACCUCAUGCUCACGGACUCGAGCUGCGAGGAGACUCUCAUAGAGAGUAGCUCCGAGGAGAACGUCCUCAUCGAGCAGCAAGAGCAGACCCUCACCGCUAGUUCGUACGUCAAGACGAUGCUCGCCGAAGCUAUGGCCGAGAAGGCUGACCCCGAGAGGCACUGCGUCGAAGUGCCACCCAGGGGAAAUUCGCCCAUUUCAUCCGAGAGCCGUUCGGAUUUGGUGAAGAUCGGAUCCGACCAGACGAGCGGCCACACGAGCGGCGACGAACUGGAGACGACGACGACGUCGAGCGACAUCGAAAUAAUAUCCAGGUACAGUCCAAACGGCGACUCCAGCUCGACGCAGUCGCGCCAGAGUCCGGCCAACUCGCAGACGUGCGUCAAGGGGUCGGAUCUACUGACGAGGACUUUGAAGACUAGGGGCCACUCGCGCGAACUGAGCGAGAUAAGCGUCGGCUCGGACGACGCGAGCCUUGAAAUCGAACGGCUGGUGAGACGCCUGCGAGAGAUGACCGACAUCCUCGAGGCUCGCGAAUCCAAGCUCAUCGAAGUCAGUCGCGCCAACAUGGAACUACACGAGCACAACGCCAGUUUGAAAAAGCAACAUGCCGAGCACAGCCAAGAUUUGACCCAGAUCACGGACGAGUACACCCAGCGCUUGUCGGCGCUGGAGCGUAAAUUCCAGCAGGCGAUCAGGGAACGGGACUCGCUGCGCAAGAGUCUCGAGCAGACGAAGCAGGAGUCGGCUUCGAGGCAGUUGGCGGCCGAGAUGAGCGCCGAGAAAGACGAGAUAAUUCGAGAACUGCGCGAGGAGGGCGAGAAGCUCAGCAAGCAGCAGCUCCAGCACAGCAACAUCAUCAAGAAGCUCAGGGCUAAGGAGAAGGAGAACGAGGCACUGAUCAAAAGUCAAAAAGAACAGCUGGAAGAGCAGACCACCGAGUUGGAAAGACUGAAGCGGUCUCUGUACGCGAAAGAAGAAGUGGAAAGGAGCCAGAUAGAGGCCGUGCACACUCUAACUGCCAAGCAAAAGAAACAGGAAAAAGAAAUCAUGGGUCUUGGUGAACAGCUCGACCACGUUACCAAUAAAAUGAAAGCUUACAAAAAGAGCUUCGACGCCGCCAAAGCCGAAUUGUUGGAGACUAAGGAUAGGCUGACCGAUACUGAGGAAGAAUUGAAAUUGGCCGUAGAAAACGCUGGGGAGUCACACCAGCUUUUAGCCCAAGUGGAAGAUUUGAAAGUGAAGCUCAGGCAGACCGAAGAAGCUCGCGUGAAAAAAGAGCAGUCACUGAAGCAAGAAAGCCUUGAGCUCCUGAAGCGCUUGGAAGCCGCGGAAUCCCGCAGCGAGGAGAUCUCGGAGUCAGCGUCGCUGGCGACGAAGCCUCUGCUGCGUCAAUUGGAACAGUUACAGUCGAGUCUCACUCAAAAGACGAAUCUUUACAUGCGCCAGGAGGAGAUGAUGAGCGAGAAAAUAGCUGAUCUGCAAACGAAGCUCGAGAGUACCAGUGAAACCAAUCGAUCGCUGGCCGAGGAAAACACGAAUUUAAAGUCCAGGUGUUCCGUUUUGGAGGGCAAAAUCACUGCCAAGGAAAACGAGAGGAGAAAGCUCGAGGAUGCGAUUACAACUAUCGAAGAGCGGAACAAAAAGCUCGCCGACGAAAUCGAAGGGCAAAAAAAACUUUUGAAGACCAACGAGGAGACGUACACCGCUGAAAUUAAUGGUUUGAAGCGAGAAAUCGCAGCUUUGGAAAACAAACUCUCGGUGGAAAAGGCGGCAAUGGAUGCCGAGAGGCGCAAAAGCCACGCGAUCCUUGAACAUCAGCAGAGUGUCGACGAGGAGUUGAGAUUGAGUCCUACCUUGAGCAUCGAGAGGGACUCUGUUAGUAGUGCCAAUAGCGUUUGGCCGGCGUUCAACGAUUCGAUGUUUGAAAGUGGCUCCGGCAGGUUCCCGAACGUGUACGAAAGCUUCAGGGCUGGCUCGAACAGUUCGUCCGUAAUCGAGAAUCUCCAGGCGCAGCUGAAACAACGAGAUGGUGAAAUUCAACAACUGCAGUGGGAUCUUUCGCGACGGAAUGUAGAAAGGGAUGUUCUAAACACCGAAGUGUCCUCACUGACGGCCCAAGUCGAAGACCUCACGGUUACGGUGGCGGAAAUUGAAACGAUCAAAGAAAAUUUACGCGACAUCCAGACCAAGUAUGAUGCACUCUUGCAAAUGUACGGCGAAAAGGUCGAGGAGAAUCAGGAGUUGCGUCUGGACCUCGUGGAUGUGAAGGAGAUGUACAAGACGCAGAUUGAUCAGUUGAUGAAAAGAGACCUCUGA